AUGAUUUCGACGUUGAAUGGAGCGAAGGGUCAUUCGGCUCUCGCUAUCGCCCUUCUCUUCCUGGCACUGGUUUCCCCGGCCGUGUCCCAAGACCGCCCUCCAAGUUUGCAGUUCAGAUGGAGGUUCACUGAUCCAUCUCAAGGAGCAUCUCUUCCGACGUGUUCACCUUUGGGUAUUACGGUCGAAACAUUCGAUCCCGAUGCUGGCGACACUUUUGGAAUCGAGCCCUUCUAUAUGAUUGCCUACGAGGUCGAGGGAACACCCCAAACAUCGCUCAUCGGGACGGACAAUAGGACAUUGGAGUACACAGUCACUCACCCAGUUGGGUCUAGGUUGAUACUCAACGUUGUGGACUCGACGGCCAGUGGGGGAGGCAUCCCACCACAGCUGUACACAGUUGUUGAGGGCGACUCGACAGACUGUGUUGUCUCCCCGCCGAGUGACGAGCCAGAGUUCAUUGUCUGGACGAAUGUCACUGAGGUUGUGCCGACUUGCACGCCGCUGACUUUCGCUAUCGACGGUGGGGUACCUCCCUACUCGCUCAGCAUUGCCGCCCUGGACUCGUUCACUGUGACCAAUGUCACCAUCCCUGCUGGAUUUGACGCUUUCACGUGGAUCAACAGAGCAGCACCGAGUUCACAGCUUGCCAUAUCGGUUUCAGAUGCAAAUGGGCGCUGGGCCACGGGGACACCUUUCCUCACCACUGCCGGGAGCACUGACACCGAGUGUGAUGGUCGAGAGAACUCUAAUGGUACCUGGGAGAGCCUCGGCUUGGUGAGACCAGAUCGACCCCAAGCCAGCGGCUCAGCCACCGGUAGUUCAUCUUCCGGGACGCCUAGGCCAACAGCAGGAAACAGCGAUACCGACUCAGAUGAGGACGACGAGACCAGCGGCGGCAAGAAGAAUAACGUUGGCUUGGUUGUCGGAGUCACUGUCCCCUUGGUCGCACUGCUCUUGGGAGGAAUCGGUACGGGGCUCUGGUUUUUUAUGAAGAGGAAGAAGGAUAAACAAGUUUCUGAAGAGAAAGGUGUCUCGGAUGACGAAGAGUCCCCGGCGAAUGGACCCUCCAAUAUCACCAUCACUCCUUUCAACGUCGACGAUGCGGCAAGUACUCCUUCCUCAGGACCUACCUCCGCAGGAACGGUCACCACCAAACAGCGUGAUGGACUGUACUCAGCGACCUCCCCAACGAGUUAUUCGGGAAGUUUGUUCCACGGAACUUCGGAAGGCGCAAGCAGCGACGUGUUUUCCACCAGGCCUGUCGUAAACGAGACGGUGCCCACCCGCCAGCCAAAGGCGUCAGAAGCUGCUUUAUCCUCGGUUACGGGCAGCAGCUCGGACUAUACGCCUACCACUGUCUCGGUCAGGUCAGGGCCUUCGGGCCAGGAGAUUGUGAUCCAGCAUAGGGACGGUGGUAUCCCUACGAUAAGUGAACUUCCACCGCCGUACGUGGAUCAGAGGAGACAGGAAUAA